CUCCGGACUCUAAGCCUAAUUUAUAUACAUCAUCUUCUCCAGUUCUCCCAGAUCGUCAGUCAGUAGAUGACCAUAGACUCCAACUCAACCAUUUCUGCAACUCUCUUCUCCACCUUCGCACUCCUAUUCAACUCGGGUGUUCUAUUCGAACCUCCGGCGUGAGGGGGACGUGCUCUAUAGCAUGGUGAAGCUCAUCGACAUCGAGCUCACCGUGGAGACACUCGGGCGCGUCGUUAGGCUUCCCUACCAAGGUGGUGGCAUCUCCACUUAUGGCAACGACGAGUGGCUAAUCAACAACGAGGAGUUAGUCAUUGACGAGCUCGGCAUAACCGAACUUAUUCGGCAUGCCGCCGGGCACCCCAUGAUCCACUGCGCGGCCCCGGAGAGCCAGUUGCUCCUAUACAACAUCACCCGGAUUCUCAAGCCCUGGGAUGGAAGCCACACAACCAUGUUCGGCAAGCACCUGAAGGUCAUACACGCCAUCAUGCAUGGGGCCCCAAUAAAUUGGCCCAACCCCGUCACUCGGGCCACAAAAGUUUGGGUCAUAGACAAUCAAAUUUUCAAGAAGAAGCCAGACACCGGCGCCACUACCACACGCCACACCACUACCCCACGCCAUGCUGCAACUCCAGCCCGCGCCACCCUCACCUCCAUCGCCUACUCCACCAACCGUCUUAGCCUCACGGUGGACGGCAUGGGCAGCUUGAUUGAGAGGAUUGACGUGGCGGUUCAAAGACGAGGCUAUGUCAUGCAAGCCUACUCUGAACGUGUCAACAACGUGCCACCGCCAUACCAAUCAACCUUCCUCGGGCAGGACUUCGUUGAAGAUGAAAACAACGACUCUUAUGCCCCUUUAAGCUCCCCGGAUGACGAAGAGCUUGAUGAGGAAGUUGGUGGAGAUCCCUUGAACGACAAGGACGACGAGGAAAAGGACGAAGAAGAAGAUGAAGACGAGGGUUAGGCCACUGCUCCUAGAAUUUCUAUCUCUUCUCUUUUUUUCUUAUUAUCAUACAUAUUUUUUAUUAUUCAUGCAACCUAUGGUUUUUUUGUGUUAUUAUUAUUAAAUAUCUAUGGAUCAAAAUAAAUUUACCAAUGAAUAUUGAUUAUAAUU